AUAUAUUAUCAUUCAGGUUAAAGAAUAUCUAUAAAUUAUUAUCACGUUGAUCAGCUGAGAGAACAUUCUAAGUGUAGUUGUAAUUAGUUACAUAUCGUAGCUGAAAUUAUAAAUUUAGAAAAUACAACUAUUAUAAAGAAAAUAUAUCGAAGUAAAAUAUAUGUCUUUCAAUGAUUUUGUAUGUACUCAUAUUUUGGAAGAUAUUAUAUUUGUUAGACAAAUUAGAGUUCAGAUCCUACUAAUAACAAUAUUUCAUAUAUUUUGGUAAAUUACAUGAUAUCUUACUUGUGUCAAAAAGUUAUGUGAUUAUGUUGUUUAAAGUAUAUCCAAAUUUCUUGUCUAUAAAUAUUAAAGAGUGAUAUGGUUGUUGCGCUUUAUAAGCGCUAGUACUAUUUUAAAAAUUAAAAAUGGAGCGAAAUGGGGCGAGGGAAAUGGAAGAACGAAUGUGUAUAAGAGAUACUGGGAAGACACUGAAAAAAUAUGGUAGUACAGCUAAACAUAUUACACGAAAUGAAAAUUUAUUAAAACAUACUGUAUCAACAACUGAUACCCUUCAAGGAAUUGCUUUAAAAUAUGGAGUUACAACUGAACAGAUAAGAAGAGCUAACAGAUUAUGGGCUUCUGAUAGUUUAUUUUUACGGGAACAUUUGUUUAUUCCUGUCAAUCCAGAAAGUCCAUUGUCAUUGGACAAUACUGACGAAAUUGAACACAAUAUAGUUCAAAAUGUUUCUAGUCCAUCUUCAAUAACAUUAUCUAUGGAUGAUGAUAGUUCAGUUAAUGACUUUUUAGCUAAAAUGGAUUCUUCUAUAGCCAGUGCUAAAAGAGAUGUUAAACGUACUCAGGGGAACAGUGAAUUUUGCACUGAGGAUAGUGAUAUCUAUGUACAAUCACAUAGAGCAUCUUCUAAAUUACGUAACUCGCUUCCUAUAACUUCAAAUACACAUACAAUACCACCUGCUUCAGAACCAUUAAGACCAUCAUCUUCUAGUGAUAUGCAUAAUUUUCCAACUGCUGUAGUUAUGACUCAGGGCAGGAAAGUAAAAACAUCAUUACAAAGACUUCAGCAGCAACAAGAUGAAAUAUUCCAGUUGUAGCAACUAAAUUUGAUUAGACUGUAAUAUGUUUAAUAUUGACAAUGUCAUUAAAGAGCUUGAACAAAAGAUAUAUUGAAUACCAAACGAUGUACUGGAAAUAGUAGAAGACUAUUGCAUAUUUAAAAUUGGUUGAUCCAAUAUUAAUGUAAGUUGUAUUCAUUUCUUUUUUCAUAAAUUUUUUAUGAUAUUUUUAUCAUAUAUUAUAAAUAUUAGAAACAUUUAUAAAAGAUAAUUGAUCGUUUCUAUUCUUGUAGUCUGAGUACGAUCAACAAUGGAUCAACUAGCUCUCGUAUUGUCCAAGCAUAUUUUUAAAAUAGUUCAAACGAUAUUUCUUAGUGAACCAUAUGUGCCUUUAAUCCAAGUCGAUUGUGUACUAUUUUUGUUAUUUUUAUAAAACAUCUUAUGUUUUA